AUGGGGAAGUUUAAAAAAACACAAAAAAUUUUAAAAUUAAAAAGGGUGAUAAACCCAAAUGAUAAUAGAUUAAAAAAAACAAAUGAUAAAGUAAUAAAAAAAAAUGAUAAAAAAAAUGAAGGAAAAGUUAAACAAAUAGUUCCGAUUGAUAGUAAUUUAUUUUUUAAUUAUAACGAGAAUUUAUGUCCACCAUAUAAUAUAAUAUUAGAUACAAAUUUUAUAAAUUCAAGUAUACAAUAUAAAAUUGAUAUAAUUAAAGGAUGUUCAGAAUUAUUAUUAGCAAAAUGUAAUAUUUAUGUAACAGAUUGUGUUGUUGCAGAAAUGGAAAAGUUAGGACAACGUUAUUCCCUUGCUUUAAAACUACUCAAAGAUCCGAGAUAUAAUAGACUAACAUGCACACACAAAGGGACAUAUGCUGAUGAUUGUAUAGUCAAUCGGGUUACUGAAAGUCGAUGUUAUAUAAUUGCAACUAAUGAUAGAGAUUUAAAAAUACGAUUAAGAAAAAUCCCAGGAGUUCCAAUCUUAUAUGCAAAAAAUUUCAAAUAUAAAAUUGAAAGACUUCCAGACAAUAUUAUGAUAUAA